GAUCGUUUGUUGCCAAGUAAUAUCAAUCAGUACUAAAGCAAAGAAACGAUUCGUAGCAGCUGCUUUAAGAAUUUUAUUAUAUUUAAGCAAGCGCAACUAAAUAAAGCCAGAUGAGUGGAGCUUUCCUUUAUGUUUAACCAAACGCAACUAAAUACCCCCUAGAUGAGUGAAGCUUCUCUUUCGUGAGUCCUUUGUGAACAACUCCUCAUUGAGCAGAUCCUGCGUGUCAAGGGUAAGAAGACUUUGUUUCUAAGCAAACAACAAAUAGAGAAAAACGUUCUAAUUAGAGAACUGAAGAUUAAAAGCAUCAGAAAAUCACACGCGUCAAAGCCAAAAAAGGACAAAAAGUGGAGGAGAAUAGUGAGAAGCAAAUUCCGUAUAAAACAUUUUACAUUUGAUGGACAAUGUAUUGGUUGUGAAUUGUUUAUAUUAAUAGCCGCCGAGAAACUCAAAUACACAGUUUACAUGGCAAGUGUUACUCUUUUUUAUCACAUUAUAUAUGUACAUACUGGAAACUUGAAGUGCUGGGCCGAUUGAUAUGAGAACAAUCUCGAAAAAAGAAAAGCCUUUUUGUUAAGAGAAUAAGUUCCGCCUGUCACUUCAGCAUCAAAUACCUGAGGAAAAAACAUAUCCUGAGCGAGUACCAAUCACUCACAGUCACAGAAGCGAUUGACAUUAGUCAACGGUGAAUGCACAAGUCAUUGCGAGAGUCAAGUCUCAGCAAUCGAGCAUAUUCCAAAAAAAAAAGAAGAAAAAAUAGUCGAUUCGUUAUGGUUAGCUCAAGCUUUAAGCGGGUCACUUGUAUAUCAUCAGGAGUUAUAUCACUAUUUCUAUCAUUCAUAACAGUUAUCUGUAAUGGCGGUUUGCUUUACAUGCUGUAUAAGGACCCUCUACGCUGCCUCAGGAAACCCGUCACCGUGUUCAUCGCUUCGCUAGCGAUCGUGGAUUUCCUCACAGGGCUCAUCUCCGAUGUCUCGUUCGCUGUUCAUGAGUUCGAGUGCGUCAUGGGAGCUGGCAAUCCCCCUGGCGCCAUAGGGAACUUCUCUGGUAUCUCCUAUUUCUUUACCGUCAACAGUGCGUUGCUACUGGUGGCCGCGUUGUCAAUCGAACGUUUAAUCGCGGUCGUUUUCCCACAUUUCUACAGACGAUCAGUCACUAGCAAGCGCAUUGUGAUGUUGGUCGCGGGGAUCUAUAUCUUCUCACUACUGUUUGCUUUGCUGCAACUCGCGAGGAUCCCUGAAGAAAUUUACCACAACAUGGACCUAAACAUCCACAUAACAUUCCCAUUAUCAACUGUUACCAUCAUGUAUACUGUGAUUUACAUUAAUCUGCGGAAGCGGAGAAAAGUGGCCGCUCUACAGAUCGCAGCGCCAGCGGUGUUGAAUCUAAGGCGCGCGUCGGCGAUACAAUCAACUUCUGAUGCUCGCCGCGAGGCGCGAAACAUGAGAAUUGAGCAAAAACUUGUAAGCACCGCAUUUAUCAUCGUUUUGUGCAUGGUGGUAGCGCUGGUUCCAUAUCUCGUGUUUGUGUAUAUGGAAAUGGAAUGCCCCAGUUGUAUCGAUACAGAGUGGUUUUUCGCAUGUAGGAGACUAUGUGUCCCCUUCCUCUUCAUCAACAGCUCGGUGAACCCUAUCAUUUACGCGUGGCGUUUGGAACAUUAUCGUAAAUCAUUCAAAGCUAUGCUAGUUAGCGCAGAUGACUCGCUUGCUUUCGAAUCCAGAGACGAUAUCCUCAACACACGUCCUGUCAUUCAAGUUGAAGACGCGUGCAAUCAGACUUAUAACCAAUCGUUAACAUUGACAACUUCAACGUAAUUGUCCGGGGAAUUAGGGGUGACAGAACAUGGACGAACAUUCAUCUUCCACAAGUCUAGUGAAAUAUUAUACAUAUCUAUAUAAAUAUAUAUUAUAAUUUGUCUUUCAUGAAAUUAUUAUUGGGUUUGUAUUCUAAAGACUCCUACUCUUUGGAGAAGCCCGCAUUGCAUUUUGUGGUAGAUUAGAUUUUUUUAAUCACAUGGUUCUUAAGCCGCGAUUUUGCUGUUAUGUAGGGCGCGAUGUACUUAUAUCUGUAGAGACGACACCAAUAUAAUUAACGAUACAUUUUGUUCGUUGUUGCUUUUGCCUUCAGUAGCGCGCAAUAGUAAAACACAUUGCCUAAGUGAUGUUCCUUGGAUACAAAAAAAAAAACGAAAGUGUCUGCAUAACGAGCUUUCUACACAAGUACCUGUUACCCGACAUUACAAAUUACUCUUUUUUUAUAAGAACGUCUAAUUUUCAGUAAAGGCUGAGCCGCUCUUAUUUUGGGGAAUUUGAAGGCUGAAAAAGUUAUUAAAUUUCAGUAACACUGCAGUCUGAAAUAGUCUGUGAACGCAAAAUAUUUCUUGCCCUUAUCUGAGCCUCGGUAUGAUUCUUAUUAAAAAAUGUGUACAAACGUAUUAAUAAUAUAUAUUUCAUAAAUCUUGCCAAACAUACAUCAUAAAAAGAAACAACAAUGGAAAAAGUUUUAUCUUGGCCUGAAUGUAUUAAUAAAUUUAGAGGCUUGCG